AUGCGAGUUAAAGACACGAUUGAAGAGGAAGUUGACUCGUUAGCGUCAAAUAUGUGGGGUCUUCUGGAUGACCGGGAGGAAGACCAGGGCCCUGUUGUAUUCUGCAAUUCAGGUUUUGGUCUGAGCUCCAGUGGUGCAAGUGGAGGAUUUAAGAGCUUCUAUUCAGGAAGUACAGGAAAUGGGAAGGCAAACAAUGAAGAUGUUGACGGCAGUUCAUGGAAGACUGCUGGUGAUGGAUUCAGGGGCAGAGGAGGCAGAGGAGGAUCACGAGGAGGAAGAGAAGGCUUCAGAAAUGCCUUUAAAUCAGGUGGUAAUGAAGAGACUAGGAGACGAGGAGAAAUUGAUGAAAAUGGCACAGAUGAGGGUUGGAAAGGAGGUGAAGGCCGAGGAAGAGUUCGCGGCGGUUUCCGGGGUGGUUUCCGUGAUGGUGGUGGUGAUGAAGAGACAGGAAAAAGAGGCUUUGGAAGAGGAGGUUUCAGAGGCCAGAAUGAGGAAGUGUUUUCCAAGGUCUCAACAGCAGACAAAGAAAAUCAAGAAGCAAGUGAAAAUACUGGACACAAGGUUGUCUAUGUGCCACCUCCCCCUCCAGAAGAGGAGAGUUCCAUAUUUUCCCAUUAUGCCACAGGCAUUAAUUUUGACAAAUAUGAUGACAUCCUUGUGGAUGUGAGUGGCAGUAAUCCUCCAAAGGCUAUUAUGACUUUUGAUGAAGCAGGACUUUGUGAAUCACUGAGAAAGAAUGUAACGAAGUCUGGAUAUGUGAAGCCUACUCCUGUCCAGAAACAUGGAAUCCCCAUUAUUUCUGCUGGACGAGAUCUGAUGGCUUGUGCCCAGACUGGAUCAGGAAAAACUGCGGCCUUCCUGCUGCCCAUCCUACAGCGGCUGAUGGCUGAUGGAGUGGCAGCCAGCAAGUUCAGCGAGGUGCAGGAGCCCGAGGCCAUAAUCGUGGCCCCCACCAGAGAGCUCAUCAAUCAGAUCUAUCUGGAGGCCAGGAAGUUUGCGUAUGGGAUGGCAGCAGAUUUUUUGAAAGUGGACUACAUUUUCCUUGCUGUUGGUGUGGUUGGUGGAGCAUGCAGUGAUGUGGAGCAAACUAUCAUUCAGGUGGACCAAUACUCCACGAGAGACCAGCUGCUUGAACUGCUCAGAUCUACAGAGAAAGAAACUGGCUCUGACAGCGGGCUCGAGUGUCGUCAUGCCGGCUCAGCCCCCGCAUGCUCCACUCUCCCUGCAUCGCCUCGUCAGUGUGCAUCACAGGAGGAUCAACGCCCCACAUCAGCUGCAAGAAGCUUAGUUUCCUUCGGCGCUUCCAAGGAGGAGAUUGCCAUCGAUGAGUCCAUGUCAGGAAAAUCGCUACUUUUCAGUGCCAGCUUCCACUUCUUCCACUGCCGGGGCUCUUCUACGGCGGUGAGCAGCAGGCUGAGCUUCUUCUUCUUCGACUUCAACUUCGGCAGAGUCAGCGAAGAGAUGAUCCCGUCGCUGAAGGAGAAAACUCUUAUGAAAUGGUGCUCUCAGCCACCUUAUAUAGCGAUCGGCUCCUCCCUUUUUGGCAGUUUAGAGCACCAUUGA